AUGUUCUUAGGUUUCGUUCGUUAUGUCAUGUCUGUCAUUUGAUUUCAAUGAAUAUUUUGGGUUGCGGCAAGUUUUUAUGAAAUACCAACAUAAUUGAAACUCUCAUUUAUAUUAGAGUAAACUUAUUAUGAUCUUCUAAUUUCGGGAUAUAUGGUAUGGCUUAAAGGGUACCUACUCUCUCAUCUGAGCGUUGAACCGGUUUCUUCUUCAGUCAUUGAGCGUCGAGCCUAGAGUACGCGUUGCUUACCUUUUUGCUUCCACUUCGCACCGUCGUCGACAACCAAAAAGUUGUCAGAACAUUGGCACGCAUCUCGUCCUUCAAAUAUAUCUAGGUUGAACCCAAAUGAAAAAUGGCACAAAGCUCGCAUGGUGGCAGUCACAGACGCAGCAGAGACCAUGAGGGCGCGAUGCGGUACACAAACACAGACUGGGAGGCCAAAGAGGCCCUCUACCAACGGGAGCUCGAUGAGGCCAGAGCAAGAGCGACACAAAUGGAGAAGACCAUGCGAUGGUGGUCAGACUGCACUGCCAAUUGGCGAGAAAAAUGGAGCAAAGUACGUACUGAACGAAACAAAGCUCGGGAAGAAGCGAAACAAUUAAAAAACAAGGUAGACAUACUCACCAAAGAACUAGCUACCUUGAAAUCUGAGAAAAAUGACAUAGACCAACAAUUGACUGAAGUGAAGAGAGACAACGAAAAACUUCUAAGCAUAGGCGAGAGCAGGAUAGUCGCUGGCGAAUUAACCGCAGAAGAUGGUAUUGAAUUGAGAAGAAAGACAGGUUAUAUAUCACCGAAUGAACCGACAGCUAGACAAAGAGCGUCUCUUGAUUCACACAAAUUUUCCAAUGUUGAUAAUGUUCUUGCCAAUAAACUGUCUGAACUGAGGCUGAGAUUGGACGAGACAUGCAAGAGUCUACAAACAGAGAAAGAUCAGAAAGCGUUCUUAUUGGCUAAAAUUGAAACAUUGUCCAUGGAGCUCCAUAGUCUUAAGACAGAACAACACGGUGACCGCACUUUGGGGUCAACAGAGUCUAGUCACAGCGAGGUAGAGAGACUACAGAAUGAGCUGCAAGACGAGAUAGCAGCUAAGCAAGUGUUGGAAGAGAAGAUAGCGGAGUUAAAAAUGGAGAUAGAGAGGCUGAAAUCAGAAAAUACUGUACAGUGGAGUAAAAGAGAGCUGCUGGAAACUGAAAACAUAGCUAUAUUGAGAGAGAAUAAAAAGUUGUACGGUCAAGUUUGUGAACUAAGGGAACAGAUACACAAAUUGAAUAGAAUAUCUGAUGGGAGCGCGUAUGGAAUCCCUUUUACAAAUGAUCAUGCGAAAUUGGACUCCAAUGUGUUGUAUGUAAGGUCUAGCACGAGCCCACGAUCUCACGAGUCGAGUAAUUCUUCAGAAAUGAAUCUCGCCAUUGAUGCCAAAACUAACACUUCGGGAGAAGAUGACGAAUUAGCGAUAGUUGAAGUGAAUUAGUUAAAAAAUAUCGUUUGAAAUACGAAUUUAUGUAAAUUGGUCGUUUCUACAUCUGGGUGUAGAUCAUUGAAAAUGUUGUCUUAAUAGUUUCCAAGUAGCAGUUAUUACAUUUAAGGAUUACAGGUGAAUAUCCAUUGAGAUACAAUUUAACUUGACACAAGACUAACUAUACAACUUUGACAGUGUAAUACUAUUAAUAGACUUUGGGUCAACAGAGAGGGACACACGUAUUAGAGAAGGCCUAUAUUUCUUUGAAUACUUGCAUCUCUUUCUGUAGGUCGGUCGUGUACAAAACUCACACAAGAAUUCAAUCAUUUUCAUCUGCUGAGAAGAUUCAUCAGGAUAAAGUCAAAAUUAAGCAAUGUAAAAUAAAAAGUUACGGAUAAAAAUGAUUAUAAAGAUAUAUGUAGAAUAUAGCAAUAGCUUCUAUUACUGAGCAAUAAGGUUGAAAAUAUAAUAUUAUAGGGUGUUCUUAUGGAUUUUUUAAAUAAGAUUUAAGAUAAACUUCUAUAUCAGGUUACGUUAAGCCAGCAUACUUACAGGACUAGAAUAUUGAAAUCAUAAAUAACAAAGUUUGUUCUACGAUUUAGUUGUCAAUUGAUGAGACUCAUUCAGUUUGAUGACCUUGCUAAAGUCAGAUCAGCCGCCAGCGUCGACAGUGCAGUCAGGGUUGUCACAAGAUGUGAUAAAUAUACAA